AUGGUCAUUACAGAUUAUGGAGCAUAUGUUACAAUACUAAUAAAAACUCUAUUUCUUAUAGAAUAAUGCUUGAAUUUUGUGCUAAAUAUCUUUAAAAAAGCAGCUGUUUCUGUCAAAGUUAUUAGAGUUUUUACAGUAAUAGUAAUGCUAGAAAAGGCUAAUAUUUUAGCAUUCUUUAAUUAAUAUGAAAAAUAGGGAAAUGGAUUAUAAAUAGAUUUGGGUAUGCUAAAGGAGCUGCUUAUUUAAAUUAAUUUAUUUUAAAUUAAAAUAAUGAGAAACUUUGUUUUAAUGGAAUUUGUAAUUAUGAAUUUGAUGCAGGAACUCAUUUUUAUAAUAUAAAUUAAUUUUAGGAUGGAAAAUUUUUUAGUUUGA